GACAGACGUGGCAAGCUUUCAUAUCCAAAUCAGAGUGUUUAUAUAAAACAUUGUUUAUCAAUUUAGUGACGGCCAGCAGGUCAGCCAUUUACACAGUCAUUUAUAUAUUAUCCUCAAUGUAUUAUCACCAAGAACAAGAUCUUCUCCAAGGAUUAAAUACAAUGUUCAUUGUAGACCAGAGACUGAACCAGGACGAUACAUCCCAGUUGAGGGACCUAGAGAUCAAUCAGUCAACUACCAUUAACUACUCGAUACCUCAAGUGGACAAAGAUAUUGCAACAGAUAUUGUCAAAUGUUUUCAAGACAACAUGGAAAACUUUACUGACUUCACUGUCAACAUUGGUGAUUUUCAGUUCAACUGUCACAAGUUUGUUCUCAGUUCCUGUUCUGGUUUCUUUGAGGCUCUCAUGAGGACAGAUAUGAGAGAAAAAUCUGAAUCAAGCUGUACCAUAGAGGGCAUCUCACCAGAAAUAUUUGGUCUUAUAAUGGAUAUCAUUUAUAAAGGGAGAAAUGUUUUAAAUGAGGCUAAUAUGUUGCAAAUCUGGCAUGCCUCAAACCAACUGCAGAUCAAGUUGUUAACGACAGCAAGUGAAAAAUUUGUUCAAAGUAACAUAACUGUGAUAAACUACAAAACUAUUUUAACAAACGCAGAAAUGUUGAAUUCUUCAACUGUUAUAGCAACUAUCAAGGAAGUUUUGGCAAAAUCGUUCUACGACCUUGUAUGCUUGGAAGACUUUAUGAAAAUUUCCUUUGAAGAAUUGCUGGAAAUUCUUAUGAGCUGUCAACUAAAUGUUUGCCCAGAUUUUCGUGUUCAUUCAGUCUUAAAAUGGACAGGCACUGAGGAUAAUUCCACUUACUCCACAAGACAAAUCGUGGGAGACUUUAAGGAUAAUUCAUGUUAUAACCCAACAAAUUUCUUACAACGCAGGACUUGCCUAAGUAUGUUAUUAAAGGCAGUGCCACUCGAGAACACGACCACAAAGUGUCUCUCUGAGCUGAUGAACAAUGAGUACAUGCUGGAAAACAAAGAGGCGAUGAGGAUAGUAAACGGAAUCGCUGCAACCAGGCUGGAUGUUUAUCAGCAAGAUAAGAAAAAAGGCAAUAAAAUGUAUGCGGAAUGUAAACACUGCUUUCAGAUGAGGAUUUCACCAAAACACCAGAAAAGCUGGUGUUUAGGCAGCAUACACCAACUUGAUUUAAUUUUUGAUUAAAAGAAAAGAUAAUGUUUAGGUUGUAAAGAGCACACAUGCGUUAACGUGAAUAAGUAGAAUGCGUGCGUAGUAAUCAUUUUACAUUAAAUCAAAAUAGAUCUAUUACCACAAAAGUCGAAAAAUAUUAGACCGUUACAUAGAAGUAACAUUCAGAUUAGGCACAGUUGUAUUGCUUUAAAGACGGAUUAAUUCAUAUCAUAUUCAUAUCACAUCCUUCAGUU